GCUUCAUUUGUCGAUGAUUGGAUAUUUAGCCAGAAAACUGUCAUUUAAACACCAAUCAGCCAACGCUAAUAUAUUUACGGAAAGGUCUUAAACGUGCGUGGUAGAUCAGAAGUAAAUUUCAAUGUCUGCCGCGCCACGCACCAUCAAGUCCCUCGCCUGUUUCGGCAAGAGCGAGCCUGUCCAGCCCUGGGAAUACGAAUCGCGUCCUCUCGGCUCUGAGGACGUGGAGAUUAAAAUCUCGCACUGCGGCAUCUGCGGCUCCGACCUUCACGUGAUCGACAGUGGCUGGAAGCCCACGCUGUACCCGUGCGUCGUUGGUCACGAGAUCGUAGGCGAGGUGACAUUAGCUGGCCCCGAAGUUAAGGACCUCAAAGUAGGCGACCGCGUAGGUGUCGGUGCUCAAGUCUGGGCCUGCCUCAACAAGGACCCAAAGAACCCGUGCAAGGACUGCGCCAAGGGCGCCGACGCCUACUGUCGCGGUAUUGUGGGCACGUACAACUCCAAGUAUCAGGAUGGCAGCAAAACUUACGGCGGAUACGCCGAGUACGUGCGUGUACUGAGUUCCUACGCUUUCAAGAUCCCCGAAAGCAUUCCAUCGGACGCUGCUGCCCCAUUGUUGUGUGCUGGCACGACUGUCUUCACUCCGUUCAAAGAGGCAGGUCUGAAGCCUGGUGAUCGUGUGGGCAUUGUGGGUAUUGGUGGGCUUGGUCACUUGGCAAUUCAAUUCGCCAAGGCCAUGGGAGCUGAUGCGGUCGUGGCCUUCUCUCGCUCUUCUAACAAGGAAAGAGAAGUGCGGGACUUGGGCGCCGACGAGUUCGUCAACUACUCGGACCCAGAGCAGGCCAAGGCGGCUGAAGGCUCAGUGGACAUCCUACUGGUCACGGCUGACGCCGACGGUAUGCCCUAUCAGCUGUUCCUGAGCUUCCUCGCCUCACGCGGCACGUGCAUCAUGGUGGGUCUGCCCAACGACGAGGUCCACUUUAAACCCGCUCAGGUGGUUAUGAAAGGCGCUAAAUUUGUGGGUAGCCACAUCGGCAGCAUCCAGGACGUCAAGGACAUGCUGGCGCUUGCGGCCGAGAAGAACGUGCGCCCUGUCAUUCAGAAGCUGCCGAUGAGCAGAGCCAACGAGGGCAUCCAGAUGCUGCGCGAUGGCAAGGUCCGAUAUCGCGUGGUGCUCGAAAACUAGAGGAAUGUGUGUAGAUACGUUGAUAGAAAACAUUUUGGAGCGCAUCAUUGUUUCAACACUGUUUUUAUUUUUCGUUGAAAUUC